AGUGGCGGGCUGAAUGAGUGAAGUGAAGUAGGUGGAGGGAGGCUUCAUUUUUACACCAUGCUGGCCAAAAGAAGACUGUCCAAGUCUGCCGAUGAGGCCAAUGCUAAAGAUUUAUCAAAGGCAAAGAAGAGCAAAAUUGGUGGGAGAAAACGAACUACAUCUGUUCAGGAAGGACAGGUGGAUGAUGACACCAUAUUUGUUCAGUUGCUAAAAUCAGCUGGAAUGAUUCUGAAACAUGGAAACCAACCAAAUAAACUAAGUUUGGACCAAGCAGUUUUUCAAAAGAAGCUUUGUCAAGCUUUACGGAAGCAUCCACGUUAUCCUAAC